AUGGCUGAGUUUGUAGAGUCAACUCCAGAAGUAGACUCAGCGUCUGAUACAAUCACAAAGGUAGCCAAGCCUCCACUUGACUCCAGAAUCGGCAAGGACUCGCCAUUUGUUUUCGGUCAAAGAUAUCUUGAAAAUGAGGAUGAAGUUUUCAACCACAAUGCGUGGGACCACGUUGAGUGGGGUGAAGAGCAAAUCAAACAAGCGCAGGACAUGAUUAGUAAGCAGUACGAUCACCCAGUGAAAGAGUUUGACAAAGCGUUAUACAAUCAAAACCCAGCAAAGUAUUGGGAUAUUUUCUACAAGCACAAUCGAGAAAAUUUCUUUAAGGAUCGCAAGUGGCUACAAAUCGAGUUUCCUUCAUUAUACAAAGUGACCGCCAAAGAUUACCAAGAGCCAACGACAAUUUUAGAAAUUGGCUGUGGUGCCGGUAACACGUUUUACCCUAUAUUGAAUCAGAAUGAAAACAAGAAUUUGAAGAUUUACGGUUGUGACUAUUCCAAAGUAGCUGUCGAUUUAGUGCGCUCUAAUGAAACUUUUGCCGAACAAAACAGCAAGGGUAUUGCAUUUAGUUCGGUUUGGGAUUUGGCCAACCCAGAGGGAAACUUGCCGGAAGGUAUGGAACCAAAUUCAGCCGAUAUUGUGAUUAUGAUCUUUGUGUUUUCCGCUUUACAUCCUGAUCAAUGGCAACAAGCGGUUAAAAACUUGUCCAAGGUUCUUAAACCGGGUGGUGAAAUAUUGUUUAGAGACUAUGGGAGGUAUGAUUUGGCCCAGGUGCGUUUCAAAAAGGGAAGAUUGUUGGAUGACAACUUUUACAUACGAGGUGAUGGCACACGAGUUUACUUUUUCACUGAAGAAGAGUUGGAAGAAAUUUUUUGUAUAAACGGUCCCUUUGAGAAAGUCAAGAUUGCUACUGAUAGAAGGUUGUUGGUCAACAGGAAAAAGCAGUUGAAAAUGUAUCGAAAUUGGUUGCAAGGUGUAUUUAAAGGAUAA